AACGGCGCAAGCAAGAGCUGAAACAUUUCGAAAAAAAGUACAAAAGCAUUUGAGUGAUUAAAUUUUAACCAAGUAAUUUCACCGGAAUUAAGAAUUAUUUCUUUCUUUACAAAAAAUGUAUUGAUUAAAAACAACAAGUGUCGCUUUUAUUACAUACUUUGUAAAUCAGAUUCAAAUACUACAAUCUUAUGACGACAGCAGCGUAAUAAAUAAAUACAGACGUAAAUAUUCAUGCCGCAACAACAAAGCUUAAUAAUAUAAGAGAGCGCACAUUUGCUUGGCUCAACGAGAGAUAAGAAAGAAUUUCAUUCAUCUCCAAGCAAACGCAACAGAGCUCAGGAAAAACAAAAUCACAAAAUUUAACCGCAAAGAGAAGACAUUUUCGAAAGCAACUAACAACUCACAAUCAAUCAACACAGCAAAUGUUGCUGUAUAUUUGUUGUUGCCGCAUCGUAAUACAGUAAUCAUCGAAGCUGGUUUUUCCACAAGCGAACUUAAGCGUUAGUGAUCGCAGCCGAGACCGGUCAUUGUGUGCGCGAAACUUGCUGUGAACGGUUCGCCGACGUACUAAUAUCGGCUUUAGAUUGUGUUUGUUGUUUUUAAAAUCGCUAAAUACAAAAAUACUUUUUUUGCAAAGUAUAAUAAGAAACAAUUCGAAUUCGUGACAACAUAAACAUGACAAUGCUAAGAGCAUUCGCAUUACUCACCGCCUAUGUGAUAUUUAUCGCAGGCGCACGCGCCUAUCCCACAACUGUGACAACAAGUCCAGAGAAUAAUGCGACACAAUUGGAUGCCUUCCAGUUCGCCAUUAACGACAGCCAUAUAUUUGAUAUACCGCCUGGAAUAUUUACAACAUUUAUACCACUACCAGCUGCGGCGCCGAUGGCCGAUGAUAAAGAUGAUUAUUUGCCAUACCGCAGCGAUGGACACGAUAACUUUUCUUGGGCGUUGAUUAAGCAAAUACUGGUGUCAACAACACGGAGACGCAAUGUGAUUACUACCGCUGCCGGAGGUGAUAACUUACGUGGAGAUGCAGAGAAUAUCGUUUUCUCACCUUUUUCCGUUAAGCUCGUACUCGCGCUACUCACAGAGGCGACGGGCAAUGGCACGUGUUCGCAACAACAACUGCUGGCCACACUGGGUAAUAUCAAAUCGCUGGAGAAUUUACGCAAUUUUUAUCGCAAAACGCUGAACAUUUUGAAGAAGGAACACGCCGAUUACACUUUACGCUUGGAUACACGCCUCUACACAGAUAAAACAGUGGAAGCGCUACCCUCAUAUGCCGCACUACUGAAGUCAGCUUAUCAGACACCUGUUGAAAGUCUUGAUUUCGACGAUGGCGUCGUGGCGGCUGAGAAGAUUAAUACUUGGAUUUCGCGUGUCACUGAGGGUCGCUUGAGCCAAUUGGUUACGGACGAAGGUGUUACGAAUAGCGUUAUGUUGUUGGUGAAUGCAAUCUAUUUCAAUGGCAAGUGGCGUCGUCAGUUCACAGAAAGCCACACUGGCGUCUUUUAUCGUACAACAAACGAUCAAUUGAAGGUCUCUUACAUGGAAUUGACCGAUAACUUCUAUUAUCACGAAAGUAACGAGUUGAAGGCGAAAAUUAUACGCUUGCCUUAUCGUGGCCAGAAGUUCUCGAUGUUCGUCGCUUUACCCAAUGAGGGACAAAACAUUGACUCGUUCAUCAGUCGCAUGCAAAGUGAGCAGUUGAAACACAUGCAAUGGAUGACGGAGCGCAGCAAAGUGCGUGUGGUCUUGCCCAAAUUCAAAUUCGCAUAUAAAACCGAUCUGAAAGCGGUAUUGUGUCGCUUGGGCGUAGAGGAGAUCUUCACCGAACGUGCUAAUUUAACAGCUAUGGCAACCGAUACGGAUUUACAACUGAUGGUUUCGAAUAUACUGCAGAAAAGUGGUAUUGAUGUCAACGAAGUGGGUGCAGUAGCUUAUGGUGCUACUGAAGUGGAAAUCGUAAAUCGUUUUGGUGCCGAUGAAGAAGAGUUCAUUGCGAAUCGGCCGUUUGCAUUCUUCAUUGAAGAAGAGAGUACGGGCAAUAUCCUCUUUGCAGGAAAAGUGAUGAAUCCUACGACAUGAGCAGCUCUACUUCGUAAGAGUGAUUUUAGUUGAUUAGGUGUUUAGCGUAUAUUAUGUAAUAAUAUUUUAAUUUGUAAUCUUAAGUGUUAGGUCAUAGUGUAGCCUAGCAGUUGGCUGAUUUUAUGUGAACAUUGACGCAUAUGGAUGUUCAUUAAGCAUGUAAUUUAUAAAAUAAUAUUAUAUUAGCAAAAUAAAGAGAGAUUAUAAGUAUAAACAUGUAUAAACUAA